AUGGACUACGACGAUGAUGCUCCGCCGGAUCUCAUCGAGACUACCGAGGUCGCAAAUGAGGAGGAGGAGAAGCCAGUCAAGGUUCCAAUCACCAUAGUAACAGGCUACCUUGGAGCGGGGAAGACCACCCUUUUGAACUAUAUCUUGACUGCCCAACAUGGAAAGAAAAUUGCCGUCAUCAUGAACGCUUUGGACAUUGAAAAAUCUCUCACCGUAAAUAAGGACGGGGAGUCGGUCGAAGAAUGGAUGGAAGUUGGCAAUGGCUGCAUCUGCUGUUCGGUGAAAGACACCGGCGUGAACGCCAUCGAGUCCCUUAUGGAGAAGAAGGGAAAGUUCGACUACAUCUUGCUCGAAACAACCGGACUUGCUGACCCGGGGAACCUGGCCCCUCUCUUCUGGAUGGAUGAUGGAUUGGGAAGCACAAUUUAUCUCGACGGCAUUGUGACAUUGGUGGACGCCAAGAACAUCUUGCGAAGCUUGGAUGAUCCAACUGGCAAGGUUGAGGGAGAUGAAGAGAGUGAUGAACACGGACACGGGCCAGUCAUGACGACCGCUCAUGUCCAGAUUUCACACGCUGAUGUCAUCGUAAUCAACAAGUCAGACUUGGUGAGCGGGGGCGAGCUGCAGGCUGUUCAGGACAGGAUCACGUCCAUCAACGGGCUCGCCAAGAUCCACAUCACCAAGCAGAGUGUGGUUCCGGAGUUAGAAGGCUUCUUGCUCGACCUGCACGCUUACGACCGCGUGGAGGAACUGGACAAGGCAAGUCUGGGCCACAGCCAUCUCGACAAGACAAUAUCCACAUUAUCUAUUCCGCUACCGACCCUGACAUCAGGUCAAGUAGAAAAGCUGGAUGCUUGGCUGAGGUGGGUUCUCUGGGAGAGUGUUCUUCCUGGAUAUGAGCACGCUACUGGCACGCCAGAUUUCGAAAUCCAUCGAUUGAAGGGUCGGUUAGUGCUCGAGGAUGGCAGCGAGAAGAUGGUACAGGGAGUAAGGGAGAUUUUUGAGAUUUUUGAUAGCCCAGACAAGAGUGAGGGUCAAAUCAUGGGAAAACUCGUGGUGAUCGGGCGUCACUUGGUCGAUUUCGACUUCCCUGCAAGCCUUGAGCAAACUCUUGGUCUUGCGCAAAGCAACUAA